AUGCCCGAAGUCUACACGACAGACCACUCCAGCUCAGUCCUCCAAAUCCAUGGCUGGCGUACCCUCUCCAACUCAGCAUCGUAUAUACUCCCCUACAUCCAGCCAGACUUUCAAAUCCUUGACGUAGGCUGCGGCCCAGGAAGCAUGACCGUCGAUUUUGCCAAACGCGUACCCCGUGGACACGUCACAGGCGUGGAACAUGUUCCUGAACCCCUUGAGGCUGCCCGCGCCCUUGCUUCCUCGGAGAGUGCAACCAACGUCAGUUUUCUGGUCGGCGACAUUCACAAUCUGCCAUUUCCUGACAACACUUUCGACAUUGUCCAUGCGCACCAGGUUCUGCAGCAUAUCGCAGAUCCGGUGCAGACGUUCAAAGAAAUGCGGCGCGUGGCCAAGCAAGGUGGGAUUGUGGCCGUGCGCGAAUCUGCUUCAUUAACUUGGUACCCAGAGUCAGAGGGCAUCACUGCUUGGCAAGAGUUGGGAGAACGAAUGUCGCGAGCAAAAGGUGGCAAUCUACACCCUGGAAGAUUCAUUCAUACUUGGGCCAAGAAAGGUGGCUUUCAUCGGGAGAAUAUCAAGACGAGUGCUGGCUCUUGGUGUUUCAGCAGUCCCGAUGAACGGAAGUACUGGGGUGGUUCAAUGGAAGAAAGAGCACGGUCUUCUGGAUUUGCGUUAAUGGCAGUUAACGAAGGAUUUGCAACCGAAGGGGACUUGAACAAGAUUGCGGUGGGAUGGAGGGCCUUUGUAGAGGACGAAGAUGCGUGGUUCGGACUGUUGCAUGGGGAAGUUGUCUGUUGGAAGUCAUAG